CUACCUCGGCAAGGUUUUUCCCGUUCACAGGCAUUUUUGUUUUCCUAUUGUAAACCCUAAAAAAUCCUCACCGCAGGGUUUAACGAAUCAGAGCACUUCUACAUCGUUUUGGUCUUCUUCUUCUUCAUCCUCUUUGUGUUGCGUUAUCUCCUUCUCAAACUCACUGAUUAACUCAGAAGUCAGAACCAUUCCUGCUUGAAGAUGAACUCACUCGCCAUCAGAGCCUCGAAGCUUCUGAGAUCCUCUUCAAUAUCUCCUCUAGCAGCAAUAAGUACUGAGAGAGGCUCCAAGGCUUGGUUCUCAACUGGUCCUAUUGAUGAAGGUGUAGAAGAAGAUUUUGAAGACUACGUAUCAGAAAGACCUGAGCUUCAACCUCAUGGAGUUGAUCCCCGUAAAGGUUGGGGAUUUCGCGGUGUUCAUAGGGCGAUCAUUUGUGGGAAAGUAGGGCAAGCACCGGUACAGAAGAUCUUAAGGAACGGGCGGACAGUAACGAUCUUCACAGUAGGAACAGGUGGGAUGUUUGAUCAGAGGCUUGUAGGAGCUAUCAAUCAGCCGAAACCAGCUCAGUGGCAUAGAAUCGCAGUGCACAAUGAAGUGCUUGGCUCUUACGCUGUCCAGAAACUCGCUAAAAACUCAUCGGUUUAUGUGGAAGGUGAUAUUGAGACUAGAGUGUAUAAUGAUAGUAUCAGCAGUGAAGUGAAGAGUAUUCCUGAGAUUUGCAUCCGUCGUGAUGGGAAGAUUCGGCUGAUCAAAUAUGGUGAAAGCAUUAGCAAAAUCUCUUUCGAUGAGCUAAAAGAAGGAUUGAUUUAGUCGGAGGCAAGAAUAUUUUGGUGGCCGGAGGAGAGCAAACUGAAUCAAAGCUUUUCAGAGAAAAAUCAACAAUACAGUUUGUAUUUUUUUGUUCUGUCCAUUGUGACUUUGUGAGCACUGAGUUCCUUUUUUAUGGAUAUCAGGGACAUUUAUGUAGUUUAUGGUCAAAAAUAAGUAAGUCAUGCCAUGCAUUAGUUUAGUUUUACUGAAUCUUCCGGUGUACCAAAUCAGUGUAAGUUUAUAUGGCAGAACAAGGGAAGAGCAAAUAAGGAAGCCCACAAAACUUGGGUUUCGAUUUUUGAA